AUGACCGAACCGAGACUCUCUGCGAGGCCCUCGCCGCACAGGUCUUCGUCGGCCCUGGCGCCCGCUUCACGGUCUUCAGAUUCCGCCUCCGUCCGGCCACGAAACCGCCGUCUUGUCAGCACAGCAGACGGCGACGACGACACCGCCACGUCCACCAACCUCCACGAUCGAGGAGCGAGCCGCUCCCGCCGCGGCCGCAAUCCCAACAACGUCCACGACACGGCAGCCUCGCCCUCCCCUGCGCGGAGUUACGGCCUCUUGUCCGCCUUCAGCCCCGCCAACAGCAGAUCUGCGAGCCCUUUACCUUCAGAACGAGGCGGCGCCAGCCCCCAUCGCACCAACAGUGCUGCCAACCUGACAAACUUCUUCAAUGACUCUCUGACGCAGAGCUGGGCAUCCGUUCAGGGGUUUGCCUCCUCCCUCAUGUCGGGCGACGAGGGCACGGCAAGGAGGUCCCAGUCCCAUAAUCGAGCGGGCACUCGACCUGGGAACUGGGGUAUGGACUUUUCUAGCACCAGCAACUCGAGAAAUGCCGCUGCAUGGGGUCCCGCGCCUCCCAAGGAGCCAGGCCUGGGCGACGUGGGUGCUGGUUCACGAGAAGAGCGUGAGGCUGCGCUCAAGGCUGCGAAAAGAGCCAUGGUGCUGGAAAGUCACGACGGCGUCAACGGAGGACUCGAUACCAGUGGGAAGCAUAAGCGCCGCAACUCAGACGAGUCCGCCGCCGAACAAGCCCAACCUCAGGAAUACUUGGUCUACGUCCACAAGGUUGAGCCCAGUGACACUUAUGCCGGUCUCAUCUUGAGAUAUCAGUGCCGGGAGGACGCCUUCAGGAAGGCCAAUGGUCUAUGGACUCGAGACAGCGUACAGAUGCGCCGAUGGUUAAUGAUCCCGGUUGAUGCUUGUGACGUCAGGGGACGGCCUUGCGAUCCGCCUUCAUGGCAAAACUCGCAGGGCGUUGACUUGCUUGCUCCAACUCCUGCGGCUGAAGAAAGUACGCCAACAGGAGCAACGCAUGACGAUUUCUUUAGUCGACCUACGAACGGGACGUCCUCGGAGUCCAGAGUGACCGACGAAGAGGAAAAGCGAUGGACACAUGUUCGCUGGGUCAAGAUUGACUCGUUCCAGCAUCCGGUUGAGAUUGCGCGGGUUGCGCGGAACGCAAUGGGAUACUUUCCUCCUCGACGGAAGAAGAGCAUUCGAACUAUUUCAGCAUUCUCGACGCCACGGCAAAGUCUCGAUAUAUAUAGCAACCCUACUGGUUCCCCGGGUACUGCGUCUCGUCGUCAGAGCUCCCUCGGUCACAGACCCCAGUUCUCGGGAACAAUAACUUCAAGUCCUGGGCGGGCAAUCAGCGAGGGAGGCGAAUCUUUGCCGUCGUGGAUGCGGCGACCUGGAGGAGUAGGCUCCAUGGGCCUCAAUUCGCGGGCGCCAGGACCAGACAAGGACUAUCUCACCACGUGGACCAAGAAACAUCUUCCGGGGCUUAAUCUGGAUAGUCUCCCUUCGAUGUCCGUCAUGGGAUCGGAGACAGCACACUUUGGAUUCAAAUCAGGAGAAUCAGCGAACAUUGUUGAGAGCCACACCAAGGAGGGCCAUGACACCAGCUCAACGGCACAACAGGGAAUUGGGUUAGAUAAGGCUGCGGCAGCUGUUGAGACUUGGCUCAGGGGCGCCCUCUCGCGAAAGCCGAGCACCCAAUUGGAAAGGAUCCGUGGCAGGCCUGAACGAGACGGCGAUCUCAUCGAGCUGACGGAUACCGGCAGCGAUGACGGCAAGCAAAUGAUGGGAGGACCGACCAGCCUGAUGGAAGCACUAUCGAUCGGGACCACCAGCCGAAGUGAGGGUGAUGGAGCUCUCCGAGGACGGAUCGUGGCAUCAGGAGCCAAGGCCGCAGCCGAGAUGCCCAUCUGUAUCGAGUGUCGACACCCCGUCAAGACGCUCUGGACGCAAUACUCUGGAGCAGGGGACAAGGCCAGCGGACACAACAUCCGGCUCACUGUUUAUCGUCACCUAUUGUAUAAUACUUUGACGAGCGAUGAUGAUCGUUUGGACCCUUCCAUAGUUCGUCUGGGAAUCCUUUUGCUCCUAUUCGACGUCUACUUGACAUGGGCUCGCAUCGAGAAGCAGACGGUGCCUGAUGCCACGCCAGGUGAGAGCAACCUCGGAAAGCUCGCGCAACAGUCGAUUGUCUUUCAGUAUCUCUUCUUCCUCGUUUUCUGCGCCCUCUCUACGGCAGCGUUCCAUGUGAGCAUCCGCUUCCUCACCUCAUCCACCUUUUCACCUCUCAACGUCCUCGGCAUCCUCCCUCGGUACUCACGGCCAAACUCGGUCUCGACAGCCCUGCUUGUCUCCUCCUACUCCAAACUGUUCCCCAUUCUCAUGGUCAUCUGGGAAUACGACGUUCCUGCCGCCGCCAGGUCACUUGGAUGGGCCGUCGUGGCCAACAAUGUCGAGGCACUGCGCAUCCUCCUCGAUUGUGGCUACACUACAGCAUGUCUUCUAGCCAUCGCAGGCGCGGCUUCGCGCUGGGUUGUUGGCCGUGUUGUCCUAUACGCUGCUGGACUCGCCGAUGUGGACUCGAUAGGCGGGAGUAACAUCGCCGAGGACGGGAGAGCAUUAUGGGCGCUGAUGAUAUACGCGAAGGAGUGGGCCAGUCGGCUUGCUGUCGGAUAG